GGGUAAGGAGGGGAAGUAAACCUUACCUGAAGUGCUGCAUUUUUGGCUUCUUUAAGACCACAUUAUCUUUUGCAAUGUAAAAUUAUAAAUAUUAUUUUCCGUUUGUUCGACCUGUAUUUACCAUUUAUUUUGCUGUAGUCAGCUUAUUARUGUUUAGCAAGUUAAUUAGAGUAGAAUAUUUGAAAAGAACUCCAUACAAAUCACUGUAUUUUCGGCUCUGUUCCAAACUACAUUCGGUCAUAUCUCAGCUGAUAUUUGACCGAUUCUCGUCAAAUUUGGUGUGUAAACAUCUUUUUUGAAUGUCUAUAGAAAUUAGAGAUCGAAAAUAAUUAAAGUCAAAAUGUAUUUUUUGUGACGUCAUCACUUGAGUACUCACGUCAUGUUGACGCCGGCGUGUUACAAGGCAAUCUGGUCAACAUCAUGUGUCAAUUUCAAAGCGCUCUGAUUGGACAAGGAAGAUGAUAUACGGAAAUUUCUCCCAAUCUAGCAACACUGUGCGUGAUCACACACUGUAAGCAACAAUAUUUUUUUUUACAAAACGAUGGCUGCCAUUAAGAUUAUAAAGAACAGACAAGUCGUUGGAGUAUUACCUGCUGUAGAUACUAAUGAUACUCUGGAGACGCUCCGCCGUGACAUCGAAGAUGAUUUGGAUGUAGACCCUUUUUUGUUUAUCUGUCAGAACGGGGGAAAAGUCAGCAGGCAAGAUGAACCAAAGACUGGCCUCACUUCAGUAGCCACAAGAAGAAGUUCAUCGGUUGAUCAGAGCACUCAUAUAGAGAUUUCCAUCGCUGAUCCUGAACCGCAAGCAAGUGAACACUCUGAUCCUGGCGAACCUCUAACAAGUCAACAAUAUGAUCCUCCAAAUUUACAAGAACCUUGUACGAGUAAAGCAAGCCAGGCUUCAAUGUUUGGGUUAAGAAAAAUGUCUUCUUGUGAAGUGAGAGGACUGAAAAAUUAUUCAGAUAUUGAAAUUGAUCUAGCAAAAGGAAUGGAAAAGAAAAGAAGAGUAUUUUGGAAUGACAUGGGAAGAAAGCUGUGCCGUGAAACACAUAAGUCCAGAGAUGAAAUAGGAAAGAUCAUCAACAAGAAAUGGAGAGAGCAUCAGUCUGGACUUUUGAUAGAUGAUGCUGUAAACCUAAAAASCACUGCUYCUCAUCAAAAGUCCUSAACUAUGAAGAGGAAUGCAAACAGAAUUGCUGCGAAUAUUGAGGAACUUGGAAAGAUCGACAGAGAGUURGUGGAUGUUAAUGAUGUAAAUACUAGGAAACAAUUGGAGGCAAAAAGAAAAUUUUUAAUGUCAGACCUCAAGAAAGCCAAUGAAGCUGCCAGAAAGAACAUUAAAAAAGCUAAAAAUAUUUUUUUUCAGAAACGAGUUUUUAAAUACAGGGUGCGUAUUAUACACGGGCGCGUAUUAUACACGGGUGUUCAAAAACAUUUUUUUGGACUGAGUCGGGAUAGCUUUUUUAUCCUUCAAUUUAUUUUGACAAUAACCAGUUUUGACAAUCACAUAGGUGCGAGAAUCACAUUAAUCUAAAUAA